AUAUCUUUCGUCAUGCCACGCGUCAGAAUACUGCGCCCUCUGUUUGUAAUCUCAUAUUUAUUGUAUAUGGAAGAUUGGCCUAUGUAAAAAUUGUAUUGGGUUAAUCGUACAGCAUAUAACUAAAUAAUUCAGCAAAAUGGUACUUAUUGCUGCAGCAGUCUGCACAAAAGCAGGCAAAACUAUUAUCUCUCGCCAAUUUGUUGAAAUGACAAAGGCCAGAAUAGAAGGUUUGCUUGCUGCAUUUCCAAAGUUAAUGAGUUCUGGUAAACAACAUACAUUUGUAGAAACAGAAUCUGUGAGAUAUGUUUAUCAACCUUUGGAAAAAGUAUAUAUGCUAUUAAUUACAACAAAAGCUAGUAAUAUAUUAGAAGAUUUAGAAACAUUGAGGCUUUUUGCAAGAGUUAUUCCUGAGUAUUGCAAUUCAAUGGAUGAGCUUGAAAUAGCUGAAAAUGCAUUCAAUUUGAUAUUUGCAUUUGAUGAAAUAGUUGCAUUAGGAUAUAGAGAAAGUGUUAAUUUAGCACAGAUUAGGACAUUUGUAGAAAUGGAUUCACACGAAGAAAAAGUUUAUCAAGCUGUAAGAAUGACUCAGGAAAGAGAAGCUAGAAAUAAAAUGCGUGAAAAAGCAAAGGAAUUGCAAAGACAAAGAAUGGAAGCAGUUAAAAAAAGUGGUCUUAAAAGUCCUGGAUUUGGUAAUUCUUAUGGAAGCAGCGGUAACUUUACAUCAUCACUUAGUGUGAGAGAUACUACCAACUUCGUACCAGAACCAGUUAGACCUUCAUAUACACCAACACAAAAGCCUGUUAAUACUGGACCAGGAGCAAUGAAAUUAGGAGGGAAAUCUCGUGAUGUUGAUUCUUUUGUAGAUCAGUUAAAAGAAGAAGGAGAGAAUGUUGUAACAACACCUUUACCUACAACAGGAGCAAAAUCAACAUCACUUACACCACAGAUAAUAAAUACUGAACCAGUCCACCUGCGGCAAGAGGAACGUCUUAAUGUAAGAAUUGGUCGAGACGGUGGCUUACAACACUUUGAAUUGCAUGGUUUAGUAACAUUACAUAUUUCGGAUGAGAAAUGGGGUCGAAUUCGCGUACAAUUAGAAAACAGAGAUUCAAGAGGAAUUCAAUUACAAACACAUCCAAAUGUAGAUAAAGAAUUAUUCAGGACACGUGGUCAAAUAGGUUUAAAAAUUCCUACAAAACCGUUUCCAUUGAAUACUGAUGUUGGAGUAUUAAAAUGGCGAUUGCAAGCUCAAGAUGAAACAGCACUACCUAUUUCAAUUAAUUGUUGGCCAUCUGAAAACGGAGAAGGUGGAUGUGACGUGAACAUAGAAUAUGAAUUAGAACAAGUUAAUCUCGAAUUAAAUGAUGUUCAGAUAAACAUUCCGUUACCUAUGGGAUGCAAUCCCAUAGUAAACGAAUGUGAUGGUCAAUAUACAUAUGAAGCACGAAGAAAUAUGCUUGUAUGGUCUUUACCAGUGGUUGAUGCAACGACAAAAUCAGGUUCAAUGGAAUUCUCAGCACCGUCGUCUACUCCUGCAGAUUUCUUCCCCCUUCUUGUCUCAUUCUCAUCCAAGACAUCAUAUGUCAAUAUAAAAGUAACCGAAGUUUUACUUGUAGAAGAUGAAAGUCCGGUUAAAUAUUCAGUGGAAACAGUUUUCUUUACUGAUAACUACGAAGUGGUAUAAAAGUAUCUAUUAAAGAGUAAGAUAAUUGCUUGUGCUAUGUACAAAAAUACAGGACACUAUCCAUUGGAAUUUUGAAGAUAAAGAUUUUCAGCUUAUUUAUAUUCAGGUUACAAUUUUAUUGUCACAUAAACUUUACUUUUAUCAAUGGAUGCUUGAAUGUAUUUCCAGCAAUUUACACACAUUUUUGAAAUGAUUUGUUCAAUUUAGUACAUGUCUAACAUUGAACUAUUGAAGAAAAGUGUAUACAGAUGUUUCGUAAUUGGUAAAUACAGAAUACGAGAAAUUUUAUGAAUUACACUUAUAUCAAUGUACAAGAAUCAUGUUAUAUUAAAUAAUUUUAUUUAA